AGACAAAUGAUCAAAAUGACAAGCGACCCCGAACACCAUCCUCGUCGGGGUCAUCUGCCUGCCACGCUGGUAGAACAUGGUUCCACCAAGUUCUGCCGGGAGAACUGCUUCACAGCAGUUCUCCCUACAACACUGGUUCUACCUAAAUCACUAUGCCAAACAGGAUCUAGGCUAAGUUAUUUUUCCCGAGUAUUAUAAGAGCAAGUCACUUUCCUCAGUCCCGUUUGUAGAGCACCUCAACAGUUCAUCCCUCGCAUAAACAAUGCUUUUCUCCGGCAAGUUCCUCACCGUUAUUGUUGCGCUGACAACAACUAUGAUGUCUGUCAGUGCGUGCACGCAUGAUGGCCAGCUUUGCACCAAGGCCAGUGACUGCUGCCAAGAAGUGCCGUUCUGCGUUACCCUGACGAGUGAUAUUCAUGUGUGCCAGUCAACUACCAAAAUACCCUGUAGGUAUAAUAUAUCAAUAUCUAACAUUGUAGAAGGCUGAUGUUAUAUCAGAGCCUGUGGUCCAUAGACUAUGAUGUAUCUCCUACGUAUCACAUAGACCGUAAUACAUCAACUCUCUGUCCUGUAUGUAUCACCUUCCUAUUGUUCAAACUUCAAGUAGUGCUGCCGUGGUCCGGUUCGGGUUUUUUCUGGUCCGAACGCGAACCAAACCAUAAAUUUUUCAAAGUACAAACAUUGAUACUAGAAUUCAAACGUUCAGCGCUGCCCGGUGAAACUGAUGCGCAGAUAUGCUUAAA